AUGGCUGUAUCUACCGAGACGGACAAGAAAGAUCUUGCGCUCAGCGCGGGGGACGAGAAGAGCUAUGAGGCGUUGGAGAAGGGUGUACUGGGGUCGGGUCAUGAGGACGAGUCCCCUCCUGCAGCAGCCCCCUUAAAUCGCCUCUGGAUCGUGAUGCCUUGUAUCGGGCUGGUCUCCUUCGUCUCCGCGCUGGAUCAAUCGAUCAUCUCGACUGCUUUACCAACAAUCGCGACCGAUCUCAAUGCCAGUCCGUCCGAGUACUCCUGGAUCGGGACAUCCUACCUGCUUGCGCAGACAAUCAUGACACCAAUCAAUGGGAGAUUGACAGACAUCACAGGCCGUAAGGUCGCUCUCGAGGUGGCGAUCGUCUUCCUUUUCGUCUUCUCGGCCCUGUGCGGAGCCGCUAAGAAUGUCACUUGGUUGAUCGUCGCGCGCGCUCUGUCUGGCAUUGGCGGAGGAUCCAUCAUGAGUCUAUCAAUGAUUACCAUCUCUGAUAUCGUACCACUGAACAAGCGCGGCGCAUUCCAGGGCUACAUGGGGGCCGCAUACGCGGUAUCUGGUGCUCUCGGGCCAGUCUUGGGUGGUAUCUUGACAGCAAAGACGACGUGGCGGUGGUGCUUCUAUAUCAACUUGCCAAUAUGUGGGCUGGCACUCGUCGUGCUACACUUCUCUUUACACCUCCCGCCAGCUGCUGGAAAUAUAGAUGUCCUGAAGAAAACAUUCGACUUUCUCGGAUUAGGUCUUAUCGUAGCCGCUAUCGCCCUUCUAGUUGUCGGGUUCUCCAGCGCGGCAGAUCAUGGCUUCGGCGCCGCAUCUGCUUAUGGGGUCAUCAUCGCUGGUGUUGUCGUGCUCGUAGCCUCGUUUGCGCAUUACCUCACUACCAAGCGGAAUGCUAUUAUCCCGGCACGUAUGAUGAAGAUCCGCACGACCACCUUCUUCGUCAUCGGAUCCUUCUGCAAUAGUCUUAUGUUUAUGCCGAUCAACUUCCUGCUGCCGCAGUUCUUCCAAGGUGUCCGAGGCUCUUCGGUCAUCUCCUCCGGCGUCCAGCUCAUACCCUUCACAGUGGUGAUAGCUAUCUCUAGCAUCCUCGCAGGUGAGAUCACUACCAGGACACACAUCAUCCGCCCAGUAAUCUGGAUCGGCUUUGGCAUCACCUCGCUAGGUUUCGGGCUAUUUUACGCCUGCUUCACCGCCGACGUCAGUAUCGCCACCCAGUCGGGUCUCCUCGCCCUGUGCUCGUUCGGGGUGGGGUUCGCAAUAUCAACGCCGAUGCUCGUGAUCCAAGCUGCGAUGCCACCGGAGGAUAUGGCAGCCGCGACCAGUGCCUGGAUCUUGGUGCGGUCGUUCGCGGCAACAAUAGGUGUGGCGGUCUUCACAGCUAUCCUCAACGACGGCCUCCGCUCCCGCUUCGAGCGUAUCGAGGGGUAUGGCACGCUGUUCAAGGUCCCUACGAACACCGCAGGCUAUCAUGCCAUCCAUGACCUGCCCGAGGGACCUAUUCGGCGAGCUGUCUUGACUGCAUUUGCCGACUCAUUCCGCACAUGCUGGAUCAUAGGCUGUGCCCUCCUCGCCUUCUCACUCAUCCUCACUCUAUUCACCAAGAGCUACAGUAUCGACCAUGGGCGCGGAGCUGCUGUGCACGUGAAGGCGACCUCCGUCGAGCGGAGGGGCAGUGAUGAGCCGGAACCCGGUCUAGAAGCUGCGGGUCUAUCGGCGGGUCCUGUAAUACCCUUGUCGGCUGUGUCAUCGCGUGUAUCGAGAAGAUCUGUAACAUAG